GGGAUAUGGAUUUUAGUGGGUUUUAUUUCAACAGGAAGCUCAUUUCCUCACCUCAACCAACCCUUAGAAAAGCUUCAACCAGCCAACCAAGAGCACUAAAGAAAGCUGAGAGAGAGAAAGAAAGAAAGAAAGGAGAAGAACCCACGAUUAUUCUUGUAAUCUUUCUUUUAGGGUUCUUGAUAAGAUCCAGAGAUAUAGCUAGAAGAUGGGUAUGGCUGUUCAAUCUAAGUUUCAUGUGUUGGCCGUUGAUGACAGUGUUAUAGAUAGAAGAUUGAUUGAGAUGCUCCUCAAGACUUCUUCUUAUCAAGUUACCACUGUGGAUUCCGGCACCAAGGCUUUAGAAUUUCUGGGUUGGCAUGAAGAGGGCAUAAUCGAUCCAAAUCACCAAUCUGUUCCUCCAAACAUUCAUCAGCAGGAAGUUGAGGUGAAUAUGAUAAUCACGGAUUACUGUAUGCCUGGAAUGACCGGAUAUGAUUUGCUCAAGAAAAUUAAGGAAUCUUCAUCUCUCAAAGACAUACCAGUUGUGAUCAUGUCAUCUGAGAAUGUUCCUUCGAGAAUAAGCAGAUGCUUAGAGGAAGGAGCUGAAGAAUUCUUUCUAAAACCUGUGAAAAAAUCAGACGUGAACAAGUUGUCUCGCAUGAUGAGAACCAAACAUCAUCACCAUCAUCAUAAUAAUAACAUUGAGAAAGAAGUAGAAGGAAAAAAUCAAGAUGAGGAAUUAUUAGUAGGAGGAGAAACAGAGAAAUCAGAUAUCCAAACGCAGCAGCUUCAUCAAUGCAAAAGCAACAACAAAAGGAAAGUCAUGGAAGAAGGUCUUAAUUCACCUGAUAGAACAAGGCCUAGAUUUGAUGAACUAGCCGUUGCUAAUUAAUUACUACUAGUAUAUAGUAUAUAUAAUAGUCUUGAGGAAAUUUGAGAUUUUCUUUUCGGGUUUCUCUUUGGGCAAAACCUUUAAUUGAUUCUCAGGCCUUGUUUGGUCAAGAAACACAUGAGGGGGAGGGGUGGUAUAUGUGUAUGUACUAGACGAUUCAUUGAAACAAUUUUGAUGAGAAAAACCC